CACUCCACGGGUGUACCUUCUACACGACCGACCGCCACCACUCUGCCCUGACCAAUUCACUUCGACUGGCUCGACGGUUCUAGUGUUCAGCUUUCCAGCGGAAUCGGUCCACUGAUGCCAAAGGAUUGCCGAAGUAGUCGGAUCGAAUCUUCAACGUCGAGUUGAAUCAUCAUUGUUUUUUAGAAUAGGCUUUUUACAAUAUAGGUCCCUGUAGCAAUGGAACGAAAGCAGUGGCUUAUAAUCUCUCUAGCGUUAGUAGGAGUGUUUUGGUUUUGGAUCCCCCAGGUUUCCGCCGAGUGCCAAACACGCUCAAUCUACUGCUACGAAUGUGAUAGCUGGACGGAUGCUCGCUGCAAGGACCCAUUCAAUUACACGGCGCUGCCCCGAGAUCAACCGCCCCUAAUGACCUGCAACGGGUGUUGCGUCAAAAUGGUGCGCCACUCGAGAACACCGUACGAGGUCGUGAGGCGAAUGUGCACGUCACAGUUACAGAUUAAUCUGUUCAUGGUAGAUCAUGUGUGUAUGAUGGAAAGUUCUGGCAAUGGCCAUAUGUGUUUCUGUGAGGAAGAUAUGUGUAACUCCAGCCCAAGCUUGCUCACCGCGAACCACCGGUUCACUAUGCACGCGUGCGUCGGCAGUGCGCUCGCCGUUUAUUUGUUACAAGUAGUGCAGAGGGUCCUUCGGUAAGCCUCGUCGCAAAACAACAGGCCACAGGAAAGUUUCUCGAGCUGGUGGCCCACACAAUUCCUUCCACUUUCUGGCCCAGGGUCAGCUAUCGCAAUGUUGACCUGCUUGGGACAUGCAGCGUCGCCGGCCGAGAGACUUGGAUCACGCUUCGCCCUGUGCUGCUGUGAAGCUUGCGAGGCAAAUCGAAAGACUUUUCUUCGUCGCUACCGUAAAAACUCCGUAGUCCGCUCCGCUCGUACUAUUUCUCGCUUUCAACGCCCGCCUGACUUUUUAUGUUUCCGCUC